UUCUACACUUGCCAGAGAGAGCAGAGACACCAGUGCAUGCUGAUAGACAGGAGACAGAUAUACCAUUUCCAGAAACUACCCCAUCACAACAAAAGCGGUGCACUUUUUAAACAUGGCGGCCCUCAAAGUGCUAUCCCGAGCUGAGAGAAUAGUCUUCAGAAAUGUAUCAGGUGCCUGUAGACUGAACGUUAAUCUUGCAACCCAUUCCAAUCUGAAGGCCUGCUGCUGUUACUUUUCCACUUCUAACCACAGAGAAUCCCAGUUCUACUCUAAUGCCUUAGAAGCAGUGAAGGACAUUCCGGAUGGAUCCACGCUCCUUGUUGGUGGGUUCGGGCUGUGUGGAAUCCCUGAGAAUCUAAUCAACAGUCUGCUGAAGACGGGCGUCAAAGGUCUCACGGCUGUGAGCAACAAUGCCGGGGUGGAUGAUUUUGGCUUGGGGCUGCUAUUGCAAACCAAGCAGAUCAAACGUAUGAUCUCCUCCUAUGUCGGAGAGAAUGUUGAGUUCGAGAGGCAGUACCUGUCCGGGGAGCUGGAGGUGGAGCUAACGCCACAGGGCACCCUUGCCGAGAGGAUCCGAGCAGGAGGUGCAGGCAUCCCAGCAUUCUUCACUGCGACGGGCUAUGGCACGCUCAUUCAGGAAGGUGGUUCCCCCAUCAAGUACAGCAAAGACGGCUCCAUCUCCAUCGCCAGUGAGAAGCGAGAGGUCCGUGAAUUCAAUGGCAGACAUUACAUAAUGGAGAAAUCCAUCACAGGGGACUACGCACUGGUUAAAGCUUGGAAAGCCGACCGCGCUGGCAACGUUAUCUUCAGAAAAACGGCAAGAAAUUUCAAUCAGCCCAUGUGCAAGGCAGCCAAAACCACAAUCGUAGAGGUGGAGGAGGUGGUGGAUGUGGGGACGUUUGCCGAGGAGGACAUUCACAUUCCCAGCAUCUACGUCAACAGGAUCGUGCAGGGGGGCAGCUACGAGAAGAGGAUAGAGAGGAGAACGGUAAAGAAAGGUCAAGAUCAAAAGCCCAAGCCCAAAAAGGACUCUGACAUUGUGAGGGAGAGGAUCAUCCGUCGUGCUGCCCUUGAGUUUCAAGAUGGAAUGUAUGCAAACCUGGGCAUCGGGAUCCCCAUGCUGGCCAGUAACUUCAUCAAGCCGGACAUCACAGUCCACUUGCAGAGCGAGAACGGCAUCCUUGGCCUGGGCCCAUAUCCCACAGAGGAGGAGGUGGACGCUGACCUCAUCAAUGCCGGUAAAGAAACUGUCACUGUUCUACCUGGGGCCUCCUACUUCUCAAGCGAUGAGUCCUUUGCCAUGAUCAGGGGCGGCCAUGUUAACUUGACCAUGCUGGGAGCGAUGCAGGUGUCAAAGCACGGGGACCUCGCCAACUGGAUGAUCCCGGGGAAAAUGGUCAAAGGUAUGGGUGGAGCGAUGGACCUGGUAGCCAGUGCUGGAACUAAGGUGGUGGUGACGAUGGAGCACUCUGCAAAGGGAGGCAAGCACAAGAUUCUGGACAAGUGCAACCUUCCCCUCACCGGCAAGCAAUGUGUGGACAGGAUCAUCACAGAGAAGGCCGUCUUUGAUGUGGACAAGAACAAAGGUCUUACUUUGACUGAAAUUUGGGAGGGACUUACACCAGACGACAUCAAGAAAUGCACAGGCACAGACUUUGCUGUGUCUCCUGAUCUAAAGCCUAUGCAGCAGAUAUAAGAUCCUAAGCCAGCAGAGUCUGACGGGAAGACCUUCAUCGUCCAGCAAACACAGAUUAUAUUAACAUUUUCUGCUUCGAAUUAAUGUGAACCAUGAAUGUUACAUACUAAAUCAUGUAACAAACUAUGACUGCCUAUGUUAUAAGGACUCUGAGGUGAAAUUGAAGUCAGAAGUCAAGUAGAGACUCUUUAUAUAAAUCAGUGACCAGAUCAGUAGGCGUUGUGACUGCUGUGU